UGCAUGGACUCUCGCUAUAGCGGAACGCAGUGUAAUCCCGGACGUCGUCCAAGCAUGUUCCUGCCGAUGGCAUUACAGUGCUGGUUGGCUGUAAACCUCUGUGUCUCUGCGUACGAGUCGAGGAGUAUUUUCCAACAGCGUUCCCUAGAGGGCCACAACACAUCGACGCGUUUUCACAACCUGAACAGCUACUCUCAAGACGACAAUACCCUCUUCAAGACGUCUAAACCGGACCAUGCUAGGAAGGCGGACACUGUCCCUGAGACCGUGGGUCCACGGGAAAGUGGCAACGGAGGGCGUCUUGAUGAUUCCCGGCAGGGUCGGGAGCCGACGCUACAUUUGAACAAUAGUCUGUCGUCCUUUCCAACAUCGAGGAAGAAUAAGCCUGGAAAACCUCCACUCAUUCCACUAACCCACAUGCAUCGACUGGAUGGACGUCCUGGGAUGUACGGUCACCCGGUGACACUUACGCGCAUGAUGGUCCGCGGGUCGUCCGCAAGACAUCCGAGCGGGUACAUACGUUUCGUUCCCGGCUACAUGACGGUAGCAGGAGGACGACGCGGAAGGACGAACCUGGUGCACCCUCCCUACUCAGGUCGAGCCUCAAGACAGCGUCCAAGUACGAAUGAGAAGCACAAAGAAUCGUACGUUUUUGGAAGGCUUCGUUAUGUGCCCGUUGCUGGCGGCUUGUCCUACCCCGUUGGCUUCAUACCCAGUCAGGCCGUUUUGUUUAAGAAUGGAAGGGCGGUUCCUGUGAAACAUGAGCCUCGGAAGGAAUACUCCAGGAUCGACGCCAGGAUCGGAGACAUGAAUCGCGAGACUCUUUCCUCUCGGGUUCACUCGCGACAUCACCACAGCCUUCAUUACCGGUACAGGACCGACGUUCCACCGACCUGCGCCAUCCGUACAAACACUACGUACUGUCUUCGGGACGACGAAUAUCCAGACCAUCACUUUGCAGACCCCAGGAGUGAUACAACAUUUUUUUCCAGCGUUGCCCUCCACCAUGCAGUGGACACAGAAGACAUACGUCGCUUCCUCGCUCCCACUGCGUACUCUAUGCAAUACCAGAAACAAUAUGGUCAUCAGCUCCCUGGUGGACGAUCGGUGUGCUCAGCGACGGUGCACUGGGCUCGGCCCCUGAGAGCUCGAAGCGUCAAUGGACACUGGAAGGUCGUUCUCAACAUCAAUGACCCGCACCGAACGACGCACAAGCUGCAUCAGGUUGUCGUCACGGAAGUAUGCUUGAACCCUGGAGAGCCUUGCAGUUGGCGGAGGUCCCGGUGCGUCCAGAAGUACGGCAGUCACAAGUUAGUGGUCUGGAGCAGAGAGGACGGUGUGCACGUGGACGACUUUCGCUUCCCGGUCGCCUGUUCCUGUUUCCUCCAGGAGGGAUAUCGGCAAAACCACUCGAGGUCACUCAGCAACCACCUAUAAUAGAAUAUUUUAAUAAAUAUAUUACUCGCCA